UUCAGGUGGCGUCUGAGUUGUUCAACGGCUGUCAAAGGAUAAAAAAAAGCUUAUAAAAAACUUCGUAAUAAACUUGAAAUUAUUGACAAACAAAUAAUUGACAGUAAAGAAUUCUGGAGUCCAGUUGAACCCUCGAAAGGAAAAAUGGAACAUCAAUGCAACUGUGGAAGCUCUCACUCAACAGCAGAACUAGGUAUUCAGUAUAAUUUGUUCGAAAAAAUUGAUACAACUGGGGCUGAGUGCCUUAAUGAAUCUGAGGAAGGGUCUGGAAUUAAAGUCUUCAAGCCCUGGGAGGAGCGUCUUAAUCGAGAGAAGUUUGUGGAGAGCGACGUCGAUGAUGAGCUCCUUUUCAACAUUCCAUUCACAGGCAACGUGAAAUUGAAAGGCAUAAUUGUAAUUGGUGGUCCUGAAGGCUCUCACCCAGCGCGAGUUAAAUUAUUCAAAAAUAAGGAGCACAUGACCUUUGACGACGUAGGUAUCGCUCCAGAUCAGGAAUUUGAACUCGUAAUGGACAACCAUGGAGUGCACGAGUAUCCAAUCAAGAUCGUCAAGUUCUCGUCAGUCCACCACUUGAGCCUGCAUUUCAUUGGAAAUUCGGGAGCCGAGAGGACCAGAAUCGAUUACAUUGGUCUUAAGGGCGAAUGGACACCUGGUCACAGGCAUGGGGUCACCAUCUGUAACUACGAGGCUUUCCCCAUGGGAUCUGAUAAUGCACUGAAGGACCUUAACAAUAUUGCUCGAGAGGUGCAAUGAUUGGGAAAAAUUGUGAAACGAAGGAGAUGUCAAUAAACUGAUUUUUUACGUUUACCAAAAAUCAUCUGUAAUUUUCCUUGGGGGUGGGUUGUAUUUAAGGACCAGAAGGGGUAAACAGAUAUUAAAAGCUACUAUGAAACGACACAAGCUCCAAAGUAUUAUUAAGUCAUUUAAACAAGGUAGAACACGAGUACCUGAGUAUGUUGGGUGUUAAAGUACUUUGAAGUCCUCCCACAGGUCUCCCUUAGAUUACUUUUAUCUGAUUUCUCAUAAUCUCUUAUGGAAUUGGGAAAUUGUGUUGUCGGUAUUAGGUAUUUGAAAACGUUGUUUGUGGUGAAAGUGUUAUUUGGGGUAAAAGUGCAUUGGGUUUUGCCGACAGUUCAUUCCACCUAGUUCUAUUACCGUCGACUUGUUAUUUUAGGAAGAAGAUGAGACACGAUGUACAGUGUAAUCGUGCUUGGAGUCGACGGACUACGAUACCUUGACAAUCAAACAAGACCGGUGAGGCCCUAGUAAAUGUAUACCUCACACUUCCAGGUCAACUCAUGCCAAGGGCCAAGGUAUCGGUCUGACCCAUUCGAUCCUUAAACCUCUUUGAUCCGCAAAUGAAAAUAAACUCAUCGUAACGUCAAAUUCAUUAACAACAAUCUGAUUAAGGACAUGCAGUAGUAGGUAAUAGAGACUAGAUUAGAAAAUGGGGCAAAUUGAUAUUUUGAAUGCAGUCAAUUUGUAGAGAAAAUUAAAAAUGUG